AUGACCGAAGGGUCACCUGGUCUAUUGCAGGACCAAAAAUAUGAUACUUCAAGAAAUAUUAUCAUUCUUGAUACUAGUCACUAUGCCCAGAGCGCUAUGCUUUCUAGCGAUCCUCCGGUUACUGACCAUGAGAAUGGGCAUGCUCUUCCUACCAACGGCUCCACCAUUUACACUUCGGAGUCAUAUCAAUCACGACCUCAGCAACCGGCUCCAGAUAAUCCUCCAGAAAGACCACCUCAGGGCGAAUUGAUUAUUAGAGACCGUAUCAACCCCUUCGCUACGGUGCCCGGGACCCUACUUCCUCCUGAGUGUACUGUCAAACAUCAAGAUCUGGAAUUGAUUCAUCAUUACUCAUUUCACACUGAUAACAUUAUUAUGAUGCAAAGCGCUCGCGAGAAGCCUAUAUGGGAACGGGUGGUUCCUAAGGUCAGUUUUGCUUUCCCCUAUUUAUCUGACGCCUUACUUGCUAUCUCGGCGCUUCACCUUCAGCAUUGUUCUGAUGGGUCCCGAGAUUUACGCAAUUAUGCCCUUCAGAAGUAUUAUAACGCAAUGUCGUCAUCUCAAGUCCUCGAUAUCACUAAUAGCUUUGAACCCAAAUUUCUGACCAGUUGCUUUCUGAUGAUGUUGGCUUUUUCGUUCGAUGAUGUUAUUGACUUGAUUUCCUUUAAUGGCAAGCCCGAUGUGUUUGCACUUUCACGUGGCCCCUAUAUCUUAGCAGAACGUCUGUUCCCAUUCUUAAGCAAGGGGCCAUUACGAGGACUUCUUCGUCAAGUUCCUGGUGAAGACAAUGCAUUUGCCAAAGCUAUGGAAUUACGACUACCUGCUUAUGAGAAUCUGUAUAGCGUACUUAGUAUGUUGUCUAGACCAUCUGUGAGUAGGAGUAGUCAAAGCUCAUCUGACAGUUCUCAUCGAUAUAGUAUUCCUGAAGAUGCUAUUCCUAUGGCAAACUUUGAUUUUGUCGAGGUAAAGAGCGAAGUUGAGACUAGCAGUUCCAAUAGUAGUGUUACCACGUCUGAAGGGAACUUCCCCACUUCGGUUGUCGAUACAUACGCAUCUCAUAUGCACGAACACAGCAUUUUAAAAAACGAGCUAGACCGACUGAUUUGCAUUGUCAAGGCCUCAAUUUAUUUCAACGCGGAACCACUUAUAAUUACGUGGAUUACGUCGGUCUCUAAUGACUUUGCUAAUCUAGCUCGCCGCAACAAUUCUUUUGCCAAGGUUAUUAUUGCGUACUAUAUGGCUGCACUUCAUACCUGCCAGGGUGUCUUCUGGAUAGGAGGCCGUCCCGCACGGGAAGUUAUCAAGAUUGCGAAUAGCCUACCGUCUGAGUGGACGGAUCUUAUGAGCAAGCCGUUACAGAUAGUUCAAAGGCAGUAUGUUAGCUUGACAGACCUAUUGGAACUAUCUGGAUGGGUUUCAGACACCCCCGGCCACCUUUAA